AUGCGCAACAAGCAGUCCGUCCCCUCCAACCUGCCGGAGUCCCCUGGUCACAACUCUCCUGGGAGCGCCUUACUGCUGGAUCUGAAGAGGGUUUCUGUGCGGCUGGUCGACUGCAGGAAAACAGCAGGGCAGAGUGGAGCUGUGAGAGAAGGACACAAGGAGGGAGAUUUGAUAUCAUCAAGGGACACCCCUAACUCUCGUUCUCUCAGUGGGAGGGGCUUAUCAUCUGGGGAGCCUCAGCCACACGAUGUUGCUGAAGAAACAGAGAAGACUCUCUCCAAAUCAGAACAUCUCAAGAAACCCCAGCAGGGACGUACAGGGAAGAAACCUCACCACUGCUGCUCUGACUGUGGGAAGAAUUUCACAAGUCGAAGUGGCUUCAUUAUUCACCAGCGGAUUCACACCGGAAAGAAACCGUACUGCUGCUCUCAGUGUGGGAAGAGUUUCACUGCUUCUCAAACCUUAAAAUAUCAUCUGAGAAUUCAUUCAGGGGAGAGGCCUUACCCCUGCCUUGAUUGUGGGAAAAGCUUUGCUUAUUUGGGCGCCCUAAACAUACACAAGCUAACACACACUGGAGUGAAGCCUUAUAGCUGUGAUCAAUGUGGGAAGAGUUUCAGUCAGUCUGGCCACCUGACAACACACCAACUAACACACACUGGAGUGAAGCCUUACAGCUGUGAUGAGUGUGGGAAGAGCUUUGCUCUAACUUCCUCCCUGACUAGACACCAGCGUACACACACUGGAGAGAAACCUUAUGUCUGUCUAUGUGGGAAGAGCUUUGCUGUAGCUUCCAAUCUGACUACACACCAGCGAACACACACCAGAGAUAAGCCUUAUAGUUGUUAUCAGUGUGGAAAGAGCUUUGCUUCUUCAGAAACACUAACUAUACACCAGCGCAUACACACAGCAAAGAAACCUUUUUGCUGUGGUCAGUGUGGGAAGAGCUUUGCUGUAGCUUUCUCCCUGAUUAUACACCAGCGAACACACACUGGUGAGAAGCCUUACAGCUGUGAUCAUUGUGGCAAGAGAUUCAGUCAAUCCGUGCACCUGAAUACACACCAGCGAACACACACUGGAGAGAAACCUUAUACCUGUGAUCAGUGUGGGAAGAGCUUCAGUCAAUCAGGGAACCUAAAUUCACACCAGCAAACACACACUGGAGAGAAACCUUAGAUGUGUGGAAAGAGUUGUUCAUUUAGGGCCCAUGUGGAAAAACACCAGAAAACUAAAAAUGUACGAUCUUUGUCCCCAUGUGCAGUUGCAAACCGUAGUCUGGCUUUUUAUGGCGGUUUUGGAGCAGUGGCUUCUUGCUUGCUGAACGGUCUUUCAGGUUCAGAAGCUUCUAAAGCCAUGGCAAUUUUCUGGAAUGUUCCAACCUGUUUAAAGGCACAGUGUAUAUAAACUUCUGACCCACUGGAA